GUUGAGGGCGGGGAGCGCGGGGGCGGCGCCGGGGCCGCAGCGCCUCUGUCCGCUCGUCGGUGCCGCUCAGCAGCCUGCACGGCGGGCCGCGCCGCUCCAUGGCGACCCACAGCCCCUGCAUCGUGAUUGGCGAUGAUGAACAAGGUUACGACCUGGACUUGUUCUGCAUCCCGAAACAUUAUGCAGAUGAUCUGGAGAAAGUCUAUAUUCCUCACGGGCUCAUCAUGGACAGGACAGAGAGACUGGCACGUGAAAUCAUGAAGGGCAUGGGAGGACACCACAUUGUAGCCCUCUGUGUGCUCAAGGGCGGCUAUAAAUUUUUUGCUGAUUUGUUGGACUACAUCAAAGCACUGAACAGAAACAGUGACAAAUCAAUCCCCAUGACUGUGGACUUCAUUAGGUUGAAGAGUUACUGUAACGAUCAAUCAACUGGAGAUAUAAAAGUCAUUGGUGGGGAUGACCUCUCAACCUUGACUGGAAAGAAUGUUUUAAUUGUAGAAGAUAUAAUUGAUACUGGGAAAACAAUGAAAACGUUGCUGUCUCUCCUUAAGCAGUACAAUCCAAAGAUGGUGAAAGUGGCCAGUUUGUUGGUCAAAAGAACUCCUCGAAGUGUGGGAUAUCGGCCAGACUUUGUUGGAUUUGAAGUGCCAGACAAAUUUGUUGUGGGAUACGCCCUCGAUUACAAUGAAUACUUCAGAGAUUUGAACCAUAUCUGUGUGAUCAGUGAGACGGGGAAGCAGAAAUACAAAGCAUGAAAGCACAGCUGAAGUGCUAUGCCUACAAAGCUUUGAAAUGUUUUGUUUACCGAAUCCUAUCUCUCACAGGCUUCAACUCUGGUACACCAGCUGAAAUUGUAGAACACCCCAGCCCCAUCGUCAUAUGCUUAUUGUAACUUAUUGCAUGUACAAUAUAAGAAUCUCGUCUUGUUCAUUUAUAUUAUAGAAAUGUAAACAACUGGUGCAAUUCUGCACUCCUUAUUUUGAUUUGCACUAUGACUCUACCGACUAUUGCUGCCCCUGGUUGGGUUGUGCUGUUUGUGAGCUCCGGAGUCUUAACUCUUGCAGUGGUAAAUUGCUUAAACCUCAUCAACCCAGAACUGAAAUAGUUCGAGUACUGUAAAUGUAAAACAUUUUAUGAUAGGGAAGUCUAUUAGUAAUAUUUUUAAAGAAACUGUAAUUUAAGUUUUAUAUUUUAAUUCACAAAUGUGAUUGUGAUUAAAGGAUAGUUGCACCUUUGGGUGGUAUGAAACAUGAGAAGCAGCCAGUUACAGUAUCUGUAAUCUCCAGGGAGCCCACUGCCACCUCCUGGAGUUGCCUUAUUGCUGUAAAAAAAAAAAGGAGUCUGGGUGAAAAAUGAUGUCUUUUUAUUUUUUCCUUUAUUCGAGAUGGAAUGACAAAAUGGAAUGUUUGAAGUUUA